CACAGAUCACUGUGCUAUGCAACAAGCUUACUGUGCUAUGCAACAAGCUUACUGUGCUAUGCAACAAGCUUACUGUGCUAUGCAACAAACUCACUGUGCUAUGAAACAAGCUCACUGUGCUAUGAAACAAGCUCACUGUGCUGUGAAACAAGCUCACUGUGCUAUGAAACAAGCUCACUGUGCUAUGCAACAAGCUUACUGUGCUAUGAAACAAGCUCACUGUGC